AUGAGCGAAGAAAUUGAAAUUGUGGGGAUGAGGUUUCGUCCUACUGAAGAAGAAAUCAUCUUGUAUUAUCUUGAAAGGAAGAUGGGUGGCCUUGAUUUCCCUGUCCACUGUAUUAACGAAGUUGAUGUUCUCAAAUAUGAACCAUGGGACUUGCCUGACCUUUCCGCUCGCCCUGAUAAUGAAAUGUGGUACUUUUUCAAUGCACCUACUUACAAGUAUGCUAAGAGUAAACGAACCAAUAGAGCAACCAGGGCCGGAUACUGGAAAGUCACUGGUAAGGAUCGUCCCAUAUGGGACGAUCGGGGGACGAAGAAAGAAUUUGUUCUUUGGCGCUUGAAAAGAAAAUCGGGUAAUGAACCUAAAAGUAAAGAACCAAGUCGCAGUUCUAAAUCUGACUCAGGAAAUUAUGUUGUGGAAAAUACAGGUCCUCAGGUAAACUAUGACCGACCUGCAGUAGAAUUAGAUCCACUCGACUCUAUUGGAUUUGAUCACAACCGUCUCUCUGAGCCAGAGUUGCCGAUGCACCAGGAGCAUGGAUCCUUGUAUUCUAAUUUGUCUAUUAAUGAGUUUGUCUCUAGUGAGCAGGAAGAUGACUUCUUUAAGUCACUAUUGGCUUCCAAGGAUGGAUACUGGGAAAAGACUCUCAUCCAUGACAAAGACAAGGAAAAGUUAUAUGAAGAGAGUGGCCAAGUUUUGGAAACUCCAUCCUCUCCGGAUCGAGACAGCUCAUUCAGACCUGUCAACUCAGCUGCGGAUUAUCCUCAGAUCAAUUGUAUUCAUUUGGUCCAUGAUGAUUUUCCUAUUAGCAAAAGAACCUUCAAAGCUCAACAUCUACCAAAAUCGGAGGACUUCAUUAAAAAAGAAUGUUCUCCUAGAACACUCCAAUUGUGGGCUAAAAGUUCACACAAAGCAAUAUCUAAGUAUGAGGCGAGAGCAGCAGAGCAUGCCUUUUAUCUACCCUUGGAGGAGAACUCUGUUGUGAAGUUUGGGGCAGAGUGGGAAAAGGCUCAAAGAAUUAAUUCAAAAAAAAGUUUGAGGUUUAUAUCCAACCAAUCUGAUGGCAGCAACAGAAAGGGUUGUUUCAGUUCCCUGGAGACACCAUUUCUAGACCAUAAAACAAAUUCAGAAUAUAUUCGCAAUGUGCUUGUAGCUGUUAUUCUGUUCUUAUUCUUUAUUUGGGAAAUUGGGUCUCUUCACUGA